CUCUGCAGGACGGCAAGUGCAACCACCAGGUCCCUCGAAAAUCCGUCGCAAUGGCUCUCGUGCAGACCAACCCGGACGCUUACACUAUCAAGCCAGAGGCUUCUGCCCCUGCCAUCGACACCAGCGACUGGCCGCUCCUGCUUAAGAACUACAGCGACCUGCUCGUACGCACGUCGCAUUAUACUCCCAUCCCGCAAGGAUGCGCGCCCCUUGCGCGUGAUAUCAAGUCGUACAUUUCUUCCGGUGUCAUCAACCUUGACAAGCCCUCGAACCCUUCUUCCCACGAAGUCGUAUCCUGGAUCAAGCGCAUGCUCCGCGUUGAGAAGACCGGUCACUCGGGUACACUUGAUCCCAAGGUCACAGGAUGUUUGAUCGUGUGCAUUGACCGUGCUACACGUCUCGUUAAGUCCCAGCAGGGUGCUGGUAAGGAGUACGUCUGCGUCAUCCGCCUUCACGACAAGCUGCCCGGUGGCGAGGCGCAGUUUGCACGUGCCCUUGAGACCCUCACUGGUGCUCUCUUCCAGCGUCCCCCGCUCAUCUCCGCCGUCAAGCGUCAGCUUCGUAUCCGAACCAUCCACGAGAGCAACCUAUACGAAUUCGACAAUGAGAGGCAACUUGGUGUUUUCUGGGUCAGCUGCGAGGCUGGCACCUACAUCCGUACUCUUUGCGUUCACCUGGGUCUGUUGCUCGGUGUCGGCGCCCAUAUGCAGGAGCUGCGCCGUGUGAGGUCUGGUGCCAUGGACGAGACCAAGGACUUGGUCACUCUUCACGAUGUACUCGAUGCCCAGUGGAUCCACGACAACAACCGCGACGAGUCUUACCUCCGACACGUCAUCUCUCCCCUCGAGAGCCUUCUCACAAGCUACAAGCGCAUUGUCGUCAAAGACAGCUCUGUCAACGCCAUCUGCUACGGUGCUAAGCUCAUGCUUCCGGGUCUUCUCCGCUUCGAGAAGGGCAUUGAGAUCCACGAGGAAGUCGUCCUCAUGACCACCAAGGGUGAGGCUAUCGCCCUCGCCUACGCACAGAUGUCCGCGGUCGAAAUGACAUCUUGCGAUCACGGCGUCGUCGCAAAGAUCAAGCGUGUUAUCAUGGAGCGCGACCUGUACCCCAGGCGAUGGGGCAUGGGCCCGGUUGCCACUGAGAAGAAGAAGAUGAAGGAGGCUGGCACACUUGACAAAUUUGGCCGUCCCAACGAGAAGACACCCGCCAAAUGGAACACCGAGUACAAGGACUUCAACAGGACCGACGUCGAGUCCGCACCUCUUGCCGAGACUACCUCGACCGCCGAAAUCCUCGCUACCCCUGCUGUUGCGCCCACUGGUGAGGAGCCUGAGGCCACAUCUGAGAAGACCAAGAAGCGCAAGCACGAUGAAGAGGAGACAGCCGAGGAGAAGGCCGAGCGCAAGCGCAAGAAGAAGGAGGAGAAGGCAGCGAAGAAGGCCAAGAAGGAGAAGAGGAAGAGUAAGGCUGCUGAAGAAGACAGCGACUCCGAUUGAGCAGCUGGUGCUAUGUUGUGAAUUAUCGAUUAUCUCGGCCCGCCAACAGCCCCAUGCUGUUGUUCGAUCUACCAGCGAUGUACACAACAUCUGUGUGCAUAUUGCACAUCUCACUGUUCUGGAUACCUGCUCAAGUAGCAUACGGAAAAUCGUAUUCGGGAGCCGGCGUUAUUGGUUGGCAUGAAGGAGUUAGGCGCGUCAAAACUUUUGCAUGAAGGGCGGACGACUAGGUGUACGAACAUGAUUACUGCGUUGACAGACAUGUCGAUUCAAUUCGAGGUUCUAGCUGUAAAUGUCGAAGUAGAAGCUCUAAGAAACAUUCACAAACUCCAG